GUACAAGGUCUAGAAUCUAGGACUAGAUCUAGAUGUCUAUGUCGUAGGAAGUCUAGACUAAUCAUGGACUAAUAAACAGUGAUCUAAAUCUAAUGAGGACUGAAUACUCAAGUGAUGCAAAUCGAAAGAGCAAGUUGUAUUGAUUUGUUUUGAUUUCAUGACGUCAUCAGUUUCGGGGCAAAGAGCGCAGAUAGCUUAAAAAUGGCGAUCCUCUGGAUUCGAGGGAGUAAAAUUUACACCCAUUUUGCCUAUUUUCUUCUACUGUGCUUUUUGUUUGUCUCAGAGGUUUGUACACUGGAGUGUUUUUGUCAUCCCUGUAAAGACUCUGACACCAAUGGCACAUGUGUUGUAGCAGCUGGAGGUGCUUGCUUUGCAUCAAAAUCACUGAAUUCCUUUACAGAGCAUGAAGAUUUGGAAAUUACAACUUGGGGCUGUUUAUCCCCUCAUGAUGAAACUAUAUUGCAGUGCCCUUCAUUAGGACCUACAGACAAAGAAGUUUCAAGGUGUUGUUAUGACAGAGAUAGAUGCAAUGAACAUUUGAAUCUGACUUUAUUAGAACCUACACCAGCUCCCACUUCUGAUAUAGCUACUACUAAUCCCAGGCGGCCUGACAGUGUGACUCACAUUGCUCUGUUGGUGACACUUCCAUUCUGUCUUAUUAUUCUUGUCCUGUCCAUCACAUUUUUCUACUUUAAGCACAGGAGACAAGGGUUGAAAAGUAAACAACUUCAUAUUGAUCCAGAACAAGAAGACUUUAUUCCUCCUGGUCAUUCUUUACACAAACUGAUUGAUGAGAGUUCUGGAAGUGGUUCAGGACUGCCACUAAUUGUUCAAAGGACGAUAGCCAAACAAAUUACUCUCGUGAGAAGAAUAGGUAAAGGUCGCUUUGGUGAAGUUUGGAAAGGUAAAUGGCGUGGUGAGAAUGUUGCAGUCAAGAUUUUUUUCACAACAGAAGAAAGAAGUUGGUUUAGGGAGACAGAGAUGUACCAAACAGAGUUGCUGAGGCAUGAUAAUAUCUUAGGUUUUAUUGCUGCUGACAUAAAGGGAACAGGAUCCUGGACUCAACUGUACCUCAUUACUGAUUAUCAUGAGAAUGGAUCCCUCUAUGAUUACUUGCAGGCUCAUGCUUUGGACACUUCAGAGAUGCUUUACCUGGCCCACUCUGCUGCAUGUGGCAUCACGCAUCUCCAUGUGGAGAUCUUUGGAACUAAAGGCAAAAUGGCUAUUGCUCAUCGAGAUAUCAAGAGUAAGAAUAUUCUUGUCAGAAAGAAUGGGACUUGUUGUAUUGCUGAUCUUGGUCUUGCUGUCAGAUAUGUCAGUGAGACUAAUGAAGUAGACAUUGCUUCCAAUACACGAUGUGGAACAAUCAGAUAUAUGGCUCCAGAAGUCUUAGAAGAGACACUCAACAAAAACCACUUUGACUCCUACAAAGAAGCAGACAUGUAUUCCUUUGGUCUGGUCUUGUGGGAAAUAGCUCGUAGGUGUGUUGUUGGAGGUAUAGUGCAUGAUGCACAGUUACCCUAUUAUGAGUAUGUGCCACAAGAUCCAAGCAUUGAAGAUAUGAGAAAAAUUGUUUGUAUUGAGAAAAUACGUCCAACUCUUCCUCAACAGUGGGAAACAGAUGAGUAUUUGAAAGUUAUGUCUCGUCUUAUGUCUGAAUGCUGGAAUCCAAGUCCCGCUGCCAGACUCACAUGUUUGAGGAUUAAAAAGACAUUAGGCAAAAUGGUGGAGGCCAUUGAGUCAACACCAAAGUAGGUCUGUCAAAGAUAGGUCAAGUUUUUCUGGUGGAGGCCAUUGAGUCAACACCAAAGUAGGACUGUCAAAUAUAUGUCAAGUUUUACUGAAAGUUUAAUGCUCUAUUCCAUCAGGACAAGUUUAAGUCUGGUCUUGGAAAAGUGGUGUUAGCUCACCUGAGAAUUGUAAGUUCCUUAAUCAGGACAUUUAGAAAUCAGCAUUCAUCACCUUUAUAACAUGGACAGUAUUAAUUAUGUGUUUAAGAACGUGUGUUAGAUUAGAAGCUUGUAGUCUUUAGAGCCUGAUUGUAACGUGAGCUUGAGUUUAGAAAAUCAAAACCUAGUCCACUAGGAUCAUACCAAUGAUAUCUUGGUUUUAAUGGCAAGAACUGUUCUAUCUUUGAGUGUGAUAUUGUUUUUACAUUUUGCUUUAGUCUGAAUUGGGCUUCAUAAGUCUGUGAUUGUACCUUAAAACCAGAUGUAAGGCUUUAUGGUGAUUUAAUGAUGGGGUGGGGACCUCUGGUUUGUAAACUAAAUUGUCCACAAUGUUUUGAUUUAUUAGCUCAUAUUAUUAAUGAGCUGUCAUCAUUGCUACAUAAUUAAGAGUGAGUUUGUUUUUAUUCAUUUAAUAAUAGGAAUAUUUUGGUGAUUUCAUUUCUGAAGUAACAGUACUAAGCAUUCCUCUUCUUUUGUUUUUUAUCCUACAGCAAAGUCACAAAGUUCAUGUAAAUAUUCAUGCAAUGCACUGCUUUACUUAGCUUGAGUUACUGUUCAUUAAAUAAUUUGUUUCUAUUUGGUCAGAGAUGAACAUUUCAUUUUGGUCACAGUAACCUAUGUAUUUGAACUGCUACAUUUUUAUUGUUGUCUAUUUGUUUGUAUUGAUCAUUGAAACCUUAACAUGCUAUUUCAUGAUUGUUUUUUUAACAUUGAAAUCCUUAUGUUCACAUAGAAUGCUUAAAUAGUCUCUAGAAAAAUAAUGUUUUUGUAAUGGUAAUGAUAAUAUGAUUGAAUAUCUCAAACAGAAAACAAAAUAAUCAAAAUCUGUAAAGUUUUUUGCUUUAUUGCUAUAUCAUGUUUUUUUAAAGCAAUAGUUUGUUUUUUUUCUACAUCGUAACCUAUUUAUUUCUAGAGUUGUCAUUCAUAGAUGAUAAACAGCUUGUGUUAUCUUUUCUUAAAGCAAUAUUUAAUAGAACAAGAAACUUGGUCUCAGAAUUUUUCUUUUCAGUUUUGUGUUUUAUUUGUACAGCUGAAAACUUGAAUGACUUUCAUAUUUAGACCUGGCAUUAAAAGUGUUUCAGAAAAUAUAUUUUAGUCCAUGAGUUUUCAUUAUCAUAAAUUAUUUUGUGUUAAGAUUUCACUAAGCAAUAGAGAGCUGUGUUGUCAGAGCAAUAGUUUGAUUACAUCACUUCCUUCUGAAAACUUUUAAAAGUUUUUUGUUCUUUUUUUUUUCCUGACAUUUGAUGGCCAUUGUAGUUUUUGUGUAGGCUCUACCUUGUAAUGUACAUGGUUUGCAAUACUGCUGAUUUCAUAGGAAGUAUUCUUUUUUUUUUAAAUUUUAUUAGCAUCUUACUUUGAAACUGCUUAACUGAAUGUGCCUUUUGUUUUUCAAGUCUUCCUUCAUUGAUGAAGCCUUGAUACAGUGCAUCAACUUUUACAUGGCUUUUUUUUUUAAACUGCUUAUUGAUUUCCAUUGAUAUCCACUGUUUACUUAAUGCAUUUAGCAUGAAAAUGUUUGACUAUGAACAAUUAAAAAAAUUUUUGUUUUUAAUUUGACCUUUCAACUCAUUUAUUGUUUGACUUAGAGAAAUGUAUUUUAGAGAGAAUCUUUCUCGUCAGGUUAAUGUACAUCACAUCUUAAAUGUUAUCAGAAUUAGAGUUACACUUGACAAUAGAAUGAUGAUCUAGAGUGUAAAUAUUCAUGUGUAUGAAGAUUGAAUGUAAUUAGGAGAAUGGUGAAUAUAUUUGUAGAUAAUACUUUCAUUAAAUGUCAAUCACAUUAGUUUGUGCAUAGUAACUUGUGUGUAGCAUACCCAUAGAGUUAUGUGAGCAUUCUUUGACACUGGUAAGAGAGUAGGGCUCCAUCAUUAUGUUAAAGUGUUUGAUUUGUAUAUAUGUUAUAUCCAUCCAAGUGUGAACACAUAUUUUACAAAGAAUUUCAAUAAAUACCAGUGGAAGAGAAUAACUCUACUGAAUCUUAAUAGAUGCAAAAGAUAAUAGGUCAGUAAGGGCUCAACUAAAUGGUUAUCGUCAAAAUUUUUUCAUUUGAUAUGUAUCACUCAAGCACAAAAUAAAAGAAGUUUUUUGUUUUUGUAUCUUUAUAGGAUAUUAUCCCAGCAGUGUAUAAUUUACAAAGCUUAUAUCAACUCACUCCAUCUGUCCAUCUGGUACAUAUUUUGUACACAUUAUUCCCCAUUCUCGAUCAAUUUAAAUUUGGUUAAUAUAGAAAAAGGAAAAUAAAUCUUUCAAUAUUGAGAGUUAUGGCAGUAAAUGUGCAAUUCUUUACAUUUUUUUAAUAUUUUGCUUGUUCUUAUGUUAUAGUUGACUCGUAUUUCAUUGUGACAUGUCCAUAAAGAUAAACAUAAAAAAAUUGGAACAAUUGACAUUAUACAAAUAUUGGAUUCAGUUCAACUUUUUAAAUUUAAAUUUAUAUCAGCAAUACAGUCAUUUAAAUUUAAAAAAAACAACUAUAAUAUUAGUAUUAUUGUUAUUAAAUAUUGUGGGAGGAAAAUUACAUUUGUAAUUGUGUAUAUUCUGAGCCAGACAAUGCAUAAGCCUUCUGAUAGAAGUAUUUGUAGAAAUGUUUGACUUACCAUCAUUACAGCAAAGGAUUUUACCUGGAUAGUAUCUGCACUGAGUUUUUCUCAAAUUCUGUUCACUUUUUGUAUAUAUAUGACUUAUAGGUUUACAACAUUAUUUCAGUGCUAACAUUGAAAUCAAUCAGAACUGUUUUCUUGGUUAUGAUCAUUGCAGUUAAUGAAUUUACAGCUUGAUUCUUAGAGCCUGUAAUUAUGUAUUGAAACAUUUUUUGUACUUAUUUUAUUACUUCAAUAUUUUAGUUUUUUAUAACAUUUGUGUAACUAAAGAAACAGUCUCUUAUAGAGGCCUCUAUUAAAAUGACAUAAACUAAAUUUUAAAUUUCAGGUGUUUUUUUUUUUAAUUCUUACUUCAAGUUCUUGAAAGAAAUUUAUCUAAUACAAUUGAGUGUUACAUAACUAUUGAAACUUUAAAUUGAUUUUAUAUUGAUUCAAAAAAGUGUUUGUAUUGUUUUUAUUUCAAUUCAUUAUAAACUCAGGAGAUUCCCAAUUAAUUUGAUGAGGACUGUACAUAAUGAUAUUCAAAGCACAUACAUAAAAGUGAAAUAUAAGGUUAAUGUGUGGGGAAUAUAAGGCUUCUUUAACCUUUUACUUUUUUUUUUGACAAUUUUAAUUUGUAACUUUUUUUUUUAUGUAUGUAUGAAAUCAAUGCAUAUGGAUUAGCUUGUUUGAACUUUUCAAACCCCCUAAACAACCACUGUUAUUUCUGCCACGACCUGGGUGUUUUUUUUUUUUAUUAUUGAAGAUGAGAACAUUGUUAGUUUCUUAGCCUAGAGUCAAAAAGAAUUGUGUGUUCAUAGUAGCCUGUGUAGAAUCAAAGUUUAUAUCAGUUUAUCAGAAAUGCCAAUAGUGCUAUAGUUAAUCAGUAUCUGUGACUCAGAAAGAUUUUGUAAACACCUUUUUUUCUCUCUGACUUAUUCAAUAUAUUUGUCUAUAUACUGGUAAUCAAGUAUUUAAGACUCCACCACUUAGGGAUCAAAAUAUUUUAAUACUUAACCAGUUACAAUAGGAAUAAAAAACAGGGGAUUUUUUCAAUUAACAUUCUUGGGCUCUAGUCCUGAAGGUUUCUUAAAGGGCUUUACAUCUAGCUAACAUUUGCUUGUUUCAUUCUAGUCAAAGUGUCCUUAGGAAAUGAUUUUCUCAAUGACUAGAAUAUUAGAGGUCUGGGAAACUCUUUUGAGAGCUUAUUUACUUUAUAAUCAUCAUUACCAGGGAAGUUGGGAGGAAUGGCUCAACUUGUUUCCUCAAAUGGUAAUAGUUUUCUUAGUAGAUGCUAGAACUGUGUAUGUGGUGUAGCUGGACUACAUUAAGUGACAUGUUUGUACUUAAAAGUCAUGAUUUUGUUGGUGGCUGCAGGUAGCUAUGGCUGAACAGAAGAAAAAGCCAAAGAAAACACAAUUUACUCUUGAUUGAAAUGGCUUUUUAUAUUGUAAAGUCUUCCAUUUUUCUGUUAAUAUUUGUAAAUAUUGUACAAGUACUUUUGUCUGUUUUAUCUUACAAUCCCAAGCGGUCUUUGUUGUCUUAGGGAUUGUUACAUCUUUUUCAUACUAAAGAUUGAAAAGUAAUUGUAGAGCUUUAGACACAUUAUUUUUUCGAAGUCCUACAUCAGAUAUAUUUUUUUUCUAAGAUCUGAAUGUUUAAGUAUAUUAUAUUGUUUGUUUGUUUUUAACAUUAACUGUAAACAUUCAAGCUUUAAUUUCAUUUUUUUUACUUCAGUGAGUUAUCACUUUUGCUUUGUUUUUAGUACAUUUUGUAUACAUUUAGCAAUUGGUCAUUCAUGAUUUUUAUGACAUACUGGAUAAUUCCCCUAUAAGUGGAAUUUUUUGGUGAAACUUCAUUAUUAUUAAACAAUUGGCAAUUUAUUCUCCACAACAUUUUGUAUACUAAACUAUUGUGCACUCUUCCAUUGUAUAACUUCACCCUACAUUAAACAUACAGACAUCUCAAAAUUAGAACAAAAGGAAAUUCAAAACUAAUGCUAGAAACUAGGAAAGUGUUGCAUUGUCUGGAAACUGCUUGUUUCUUUUAGUCUUCAACGUUUGUGACCUCCAUGUGUGUAUAUAUUGUAGAACUAUUUAUCUAAUACAUUAUUUGAUAACAUGUCGCCCAUAACUUGGAUGGAUUGCUAUUAAUAGAAGUGGGUUUUAUACAAAAAUAUUUUCAGAUCAAAAAGCCAUCUCAUCAAUUUGACUUAUUUAAAAAUGUGUUUUUAUGUUGUAGUCCUAAUAAUUCUAUACAACUCUAUUACCCACCUCUUAUGCAUUGUAAUUGAUGUACAUAGAUGACUGUAUUUCAAUGUAGCCUCUCAUUUACAUGAUUGUACAUGGCACAAAAGUGAACCAAUAAAAUGGGCCAAGAAUUGAUCUGUCUGUGCUGA